AUGUCUCAAUCAUUACGUCCUUAUUUAACUGCUGUGCGUUAUUCUUUGGAAGCAGCUUUAACUUUAAGUAAUUUUUCAUCUCAAGAAGUUGAAAGACACAAUAGACCAGAGGUGGAAGUUCCAAAUACAAGUGCAGAAUUAUUAUUACAACCAAUGCAAAUUGCCAGAAAUGAAAAUGACCAAGUUUUGAUCGAGCCAAGUGUUAAUUCAGUUCGUGUAAGCAUCAAAGUUAAACAAGCGGAUGAAAUUGAACAAAUCCUGGUUCAUAAAUUUACUAGAUUUUUGGAACAAAGAGCGGAGGCAUUUUACAUUUUAAGACGUGUACCAAUUAAAGGUUAUAGCAUUUCAUUUUUAAUUACAAAUUACCAUACUGAAACCAUGAAGACAAAUAAGUUAGUAGACUUUAUAAUCGAAUUCAUGGAAGAAGUAGACAAAGAAAUCAGUGAGAUGAAGCUGUUCUUAAACGCAAGAGCAAGGUUUGUUGCUGAAGCUUAUUUAGGGGAAUUUGUUUAUUAA